AUGUUUUCUACAAUACAUCACUUCAAUCGUUCAUCUUGGUGUUCCCACCUAUGUUUAUUUUAUGGUAAUCGAAUUUCCUUACCUAUAACCAAUCAACAACCACAAUCCUUUUUAAGUUCAUAUGUUGCUAGCAAACCAAGGAAAUCUUUCAAGUUGGUGACCUUGAUUUCUGAACCAUAUGCUUCACAUGACGCUUGGCAUCCAACUAUACCCCCUCCACCUGAAUCAGGUCCUGCAGGUUGUUGCACAUGGUCAAGUGUAUUUUCCGAUUCUAUUUCAAAACCAAUCAUUAUUGAUGUACGAAGUCCUGAUGAAUUUAAUGAAGAUCACAUUCACGGAGCAAUAAAUCUUCCUGUUUUAAAUAAUGAAGAAAGAGCAAUCGUUGGCCGUUUAUACAAUCAAGUUGAUCGUAUUCAAGCUCGCCUUUAUGGUGCAUCUUUGGUCUGUGCUAAUAUUAGUCGUUGUUUGAAAGAACUUUCUUAUCAAUAUGGUUUACAACUAGACAAUUCGGUUCCUGUAAAUCAUCACUCUAAUGGAAACAGAAAAAUUGUAAAAUAUCCCGAUUUUUUUAUUUAUUGUUGGCGUGGAGGUCAAAGAUCUAAUUCUUUAGCAACUAUAUUAUCUGAAGUAGGCUGGCCGGGUAAUAUAUAUACACUUGUUGGUGGAUAUCGUUCUUGGCGUAGACUUCUACUUCGCCAGUUGGAUGCAUGGCCUCGUUGGUCUAUACUAAGUCCGUUUUGGGUCAUAUCUGGUCUUACUGGUUCCGGGAAAUCUUUAAUACUUCAAGAGUUACACGAUCAUGGUGAAACCGUUUUCGAUUUAGAAGCUUUGGCUAAACAUAAAGGUUCAAUGUUUGGUGGUGAUUGUGUAUUAUCAAAUAGUGACACUAGCGAUCAUCAAAGCUCUACCAAUAAAGGUAGUCAACAAAAGUUUUUUGAAUCUCAACUUCAUCAUGUAAUGAUGACAAAUAAGCAUCGAUUGUCAUCCUGCAAAAAUAUUUUAUGGAUCGAAUGCGAAUCACGGCAUAUUGGACCAGUUUGUGGGUUAUCUGAUGGUUUAUGGUCACGAUUAAGAUCUACAGAUCCAAAUGUUGGCACCCAUCGAUUAUGGAUUGAUAUUACAGAAGAAGCAAGAGUUGCUUGGAUUUUAGAAAAUUAUUCUAUUGUUACUCGGAACGUUCCAAAAGUUCUAGCUAUUCUCAAAAGUUUAAAUGAAUAUAUACCAGAUAAAUUGAUUAAUCAGUGGACUGAAAUGGUACAUCGUGAAGAUUUCACCAGUUUUGUAACCGGUUUACUUCGACAUCAUUAUGAUCCAUUGUAUUUAAAAAAUCGUCGUCAUAUAAUCGAAGAUGCUAAAAAGAAUGGUUUAUUCCAUCGUAUCUCUCUUCAUAGUGUUGACAGAACAACUAUACAAACAAAAAUUAUACCACAGAUAUUGGAUUUAGCAUAUACUACAAGUUCUUCUGAUGUACAACAAAAUCAGUUACCUAAAAGUCAUAUGGCUAUUUAAACUUUUGCAUUUUUCUUUUGUAUCUUUAUUCAUAUGAAACAUAUUUCAUGUCUUGUUUAUAACUAAUAUUAACACAGAAUUGAGUAGCUUCAGUAUUUUUGAUAUGGUUUAUAUCAUUCUAUUUAACUGUAUAUAAUGGAAAUACAAAAUGUACACUUGCAUGUAUAGAACAUUACCAUAGUUAUUCAUAAUGAGUUAGUUUAUGCACAAAAUGCAGUUAGAAUCUUUUUUUUUGGGGGGGGGUAUCUUUAUUUGUAAGGAUUAAACCAAAUAUAAGUUCUGGACAGAAAUUCAAUUUUCAUUUUUUUAUUGUUGUUGCAUGUUUAGGUAUGUGUCUGUUACAGAUUUGUUUGAAUUAUGCUAUUUAUAAUUAAAGUUAGUUGAGACGUUUGAAAAGAACUAAAUGUAAAGAUGUAUACAUUCGUAGACUGCCCUGGUACAUCCGAGAGUGAGGAGAGUCCGCUCUC